AUGACUUCUGUGCAAAAUUUAAUCAAACGUCUUUUUCCACAUAAAAUUAUAACUCAUCGUUUAUCUGACUUACAUAAUCAAUUACUGCAACAAAACAUUGACAAAAAUGAUAUUUUUUUAAGUAUUGAAAAAGAAAAUAAAUCUAGACAGUUUUGUUGUCUUAGCAUUGAAGAAUUACUAAGAUUAUUCGAAUGCUGUCCUACUACAGAACGAACUUUAUAUGAAUCGAUUUCGAUAAACAAGCCAGUCAGAACAUAUAUUGAUUUCGAAUAUUUGAUAGAUAAAAAUCUUAAUAUACAAAAUCAUUACAUUGGUCCUAUGUGUUGUCUUAAAGUUCUUUAUUAUUUUCUAAAUGCUCCGGAUGAUACUAUUAAUACAGUUGAAAUUUAUAUUGAAAAUAUUUUAAAACAAUUUCUUGUUUUAGAAGCAUCAACAACUGAAAAAAUAUCAUAUCAUUUCAUCAAUGCAAAUCCAUCAAUUUUAUUUGAAAGUAUAUCAAGUCUUGGAAUAUUUAUCAAGGCUAUUAUUCGUUUUUUACUAUUAGCAAUUGUUCAACAUAAAUGUGCAAUGUUUAAUAUGGAUAUACCAAUAGAACAAUUCAAUAAUGCAUCAAACUUGACCAAUCAACUAGUUCCAUUUAUACAUACACUACGAAACCAUUGUCGCCAAUGUAAUACAUCCAUUCCAUAUGUUUCAAUCGCUGAUAUUGCAUAUUUGCUUGUACAAAAUAGAGGAAAUGAAUGGACUUUAGCUAUUGAUACAAAUGUUUAUUCAAACAAUCAACAAUUUCGUUUAUUUAUUUGUGUCAAAUACGGAAAGAACAAUCCACUUGUUCCUUCCACUACAUUUCCCUUUCAUUAUCAAUUAGAAUAUUCAUCUCAUAAUCUUCUUAAGAAGUCUUUAAUCACAUACAUGGAAGACGAUCACAUACCAAAAGUUUAUUUAAAUGGCGACAAAUUUGACAUAAAUUUAUCGUCCAUUUCUAAUCGAAUAGCCACAUUCUCAUAUAAUUUGAUCAAUAUAAAUUUAAUUAAUCAACAUAUAAAACCGUUGACAUUUUCGAAACCAUCUACGAAUGCUAGUAAAAGUCACACUCCGCAAAAUUUAAUACAUUUGAACAAAAUCAAUCAUUUAAAUUCAUCUGUAAAGGAUAUACAACUAUUUCUAAACUUCGUAGAAAAUAUAGUUACGUCUGAACCGUCAUACCAAGGUUAUGUACAUACGUGUGUUCGUGGUAUUUACAAUAAAGAUUUAUUAUUUUUCAAUAUAGCAGGUAAUUACAGAUAUUGUCCAAAAAAGAAGGGCCAUCAUAAACGUAAUACCGUAGCCAUCAUGAUAAACACUAAAAACUAUACAUACUCUAUUCGAUGUAAAGAUAUUGAAUGUAAUAAUGCUAUUUUAUCCUGGAAAAAAAUAAACUGA